ACCAGCAAGCACACGACACGCACUGACCAAACACCACCCCGAUAAAAACAGAGCGCCGCAGCGAUGCUCCAGGUUCGCGCGCCCCCCACCUUCCUCCCCUCCACCACCUCCUCCUCCUCGCCAUCAUCCUCGUCGCAGGCGCCGGCGCCCUCUGCGUCCUUCGGGAGGGGCAGCCACCGGCGCGGCGGGCUGGUCCCCUUCGCCGCGGCGGCGUCACCGCGGCGCGGCGCGGCGAGGCGUUCCGUGAUGGCCGCGGCGGGGGCGGCUAAGCUCGAGGACGCCGACGCGCUCAUCGACUCCGUGGAGACCUUCAUCUUCGACUGCGACGGUGUGAUCUGGAAGGGAGACAAGCUGAUCGACGGCGUGCCGGAGACGCUCGACUUGCUCCGAUCGAAGGGCAAGAGGCUGGUGUUCGUCACAAACAACUCCACCAAGUCGAGGAAGCAGUACGGCAAGAAGUUCGAGACGCUGGGACUGAGUGUCGACGAGGAAGAGAUCUUCGCUUCAUCCUUCGCAGCUGCAGCCUACCUGCAGUCCAUCGAUUUCCCCAAGGACAAGAAGGUGUAUGUCAUCGGAGAGGAAGGGAUUCUCAAGGAGCUGGAGCUGGCUGGGUUUCAGUACCUCGGCGGACCCACAGAUGGAGACAAGAAGAUAGAGCUGAAGCCUGGUUUUUACAUGGAGCAUGACAAAGAUGUGGGAGCAGUAGUUGUCGGAUUCGAUCGCUACUUUAACUACUACAAAGUUCAGUACGGGACACUUUGCAUCCGUGAGAACCCAGGUUGCCUUUUCAUUGCAACAAACAGGGACGCCGUCACUCAUCUUACCGAUGCCCAAGAAUGGGCAGGUGGUGGGUCAAUGGUCGGCGCAAUUCUUGGUUCCACUAAGCAAGAACCACUCGUUGUUGGGAAGCCAUCCACUUUCAUGAUGGACUACCUGGCAAAGAAGUUCGGAAUCACAACAUCUCAGAUAUGCAUGGUGGGUGACCGGUUGGAUACGGAUAUCCUGUUUGGCCAAAACGGAGGCUGCAAAACUCUUCUUGUUCUAUCAGGUGUGACUUCCCUGCAGACACUUCAGAGCCCCGACAACUCAAUCCAGCCAGAUUUCUACACAAACCAGAUUUCUGAUUUUCUCACCCUCAAAGCAGCAACUGUCUGAAGGGCGAGCUCACCUUACUUUUGCAUAGGCGGCAUCGGCCAUGUUUCAGCAAAUAAGAAAACACAAAGGGUGGUUUUGCUUUUCAAAUUAUUGUGUAACCCUGAGACAUGUUCAUAUGUAGACUGAAGCACAUCUCAAAAGAUGGCAAGAAUUACUCCUUA